AUGGAGAUCCAUUUGCCUAGUUUGCCAUUGAUGAAAAUCUUCUCCUAUCUGGAUGCCUACAGUUUGCUACAGGUUGCCCAAGUAAAGAAGAACUGGAAUGAACUUGCAAGCAGUGAUGUCCUGUGGAGGAAGUUGUGUCAGAAGAGAUGGCUCCUCUCUGACAUGGUCACCCUACAGCUCCUGGGCAAAGAGACAUGGAAGCAGUUCUUCGUUUGUCGAACAUGGCAAGAACACGCCAAGACCCGGGCAAAGCCAGAAGACUUCACUUACAAAGAAAUUCUCGCAGAGACUGGAAUUUGGGCAUAUGCAUGUUAUAUCUCAGAGCGUGGCUUAGCAAGAAAUGGACAAGGCAGGUCGGUCAUCUGUAUGUUUACUUCCAUGACCAAGAUUUCCACCUGGGAUAUUCAUGAGGGUGUUAUGACCUGGGUAAGCCCAGAACAGCCAGCUACUAUCAAGCUGUUGACUACCCUCCCUGAGAUGCACAUGGCAGUCACUGUAGAUAUUCAUUCAACUAUCAAACUGUGGGACUGUCACAACGGGGAAGUUCUGGCGGCUAACAGCCUGUUCUUUCCCUGUCAGUCACUGAAAUCUCUCUUUACCAAGGAUGGUGCUAUUGUCUUGGCAGGCGAUACCUUGGGUAACCUCUACCCCCUCAUGUGGAGUGCGCAUGUGCCAGGCUGCAGAAAUUUACUCUUCAUUGUUUCCCCUGGGCAAUACUCUCUGCAGGUGUUUUACAUGGACAGCUUACUAAGGACAACAGAAUUCUCUGCUCCUGGGUCUACCAUUCUCAAAUUUUCAUUAUGCGACAAAGCCUUCUGGACCCCAAGAAGGGAAGACAGGAUAACCCUGAUGUCUGUAUGUGGUCCCCAUAAAGUCACAAAGUUUGUCACAUUUGAUAUGGAGCUGGAAGAGAUCGGGAACCAAAUAAUUGUUAAAGGAUAUUUGACAGCCAGCUUCUCGUUGGCAGAAUAUGAGGGGAGACCAGAAUGUUUUGGAGUCAGUGAUAAGGAUGUGAUUGUUUGUUCAAGUGGAUCCUCUGUCUUGCUCUUCAGCAUGGGGGGUGUCCGUCUGCAGAAAUUUCAAUACUUUCCAGAAGAGGUCUUGAGACUAUGGGUGGACCCCCUUCAUGUCAUUGUCACUUUUAUCAAUGGCUCUUUGGAUGUGUACGCAUGGGAUGAGAGAAGCCCGCAGCUCAGAAAGUGUUAUCGGCUGCAAAACAGGAGACAGCUGCCACGGCAAAGUUGCUUUGAAAAAACUUUAUGUGAUGAUGUGAGCAUAAUUCGGAUGAUGAGAGAUGGUCCCAAUCCAUGCUAUCUGAUGGCAUAUACCUUGAACAUCUCUGCUCUUGAAAUCUAA